AUUGCCUAUCUAUCCCCAAGCAUAAAGUGUGAUAAAUCAGCAAAAAGACUCUUUGAAAUGGAAAAAGUAAUUAAACAUAAGAUUGAUGAAAUAAGCGGAAAAAUCUAUGUUGAAAUUGAGUCUGAAACUACCUCGGGGUUUAUUUAUACAACUUGCAUAUAUGGGCAACCAACAGAUAUCUGUUGUCAAUGCUUUGAUUUCCUCCAAAAAGAUAUUAUGUGCAAGCAUCUUCGUGCUGCGGCCCUUUAUAUAAAUAAACUUCGUAAACAAGAGCAGUAUAUGCAUUUACCUGAAAUGAUUUUUCCAACUUAUCAGAAAGCCCAAAAUAUUUAUUAUACUCAAUGUGCUGACAAGUUGGAAAUACCAAUAAGUUCUGAGA